AUGGAAAUGGAAAUGGGAAAGGAAACAAAAGAGAUGGUGGUCGCCGGGUUCCGUCGUUCUCUCUCGAUCUCCACCUCAAGUCCCAGACGUCCACCACCUCCAGAGAAAUCCCACCACACCAGAUCCAUCAGUCUCCCAUGCAAUUCUCAUCCUUUGAUCUCCCAACUCAAAGACAGGAUCAAUAAACUGAGGAGUUGGGAGUCAGAAGCUGCCGCCACCCGACCCUCAUCGGCCUCCCUAUGCGACGGCUUGACCCACCUCAAGAAAGUCCACGAUUGUUUCGACGAUCUCCUUCACCUUUCCCAGACGCAAGACUCCCUCCGUCAUCGAUCGGACUGGGUCGAGAAGCUUCUAGAAGACUUUCUCCGCUUCGUCGAUGUCUACGGUAUCUUCCGAGCUUCACUUGUGGCUCUCAAGGAGGAACACUUGGCCGCACAAGUGGCCAUUAGGAGGAGAGACGAAUCCAAGAUGGCUUCCUACGUGAAGGCUCUUAAGACGAUGGAUAAGGAGAUGAGGAAGCUCGCAAGCGUCGUCCGAGGCAUCGGCAAAUGCUCGUCUUCAGCUUUGGCGUUCGUGUCGAACGGUGAUGCUGAGUUGGCUGCGAUUCUUAGAGAUGUUAAAGAGGUCACGGUGACGGUUUCAGUCGCCCUUUUUCAUGGAUUGUCAUCGUCAUCUCUGUCGGCCAAGUCAUGGAUGGUGGUGGGAUGGAGAUUAUUGUCAAAGACACAGGAGAAAACGAAGGAAGAGAAAGGAAUCCGGGAGUUGGAGGAAGCUGGAAAGCAAAGCUUGCGGUGUUUGAGAAAGAAAGGAGAUGAGGAAGUGAGGAUAGCAUUGGAGAAAUUACAAGCGUUGGAGGAUUGUAUUGGAGGGAUUGAGAGUGGGAACGAAAGAGUGUUUAGGAGUUUGAUGAACACCAGAGUUUCACUACUCAACAUUCUCACUCAAUAA